CGCAAGGUACCCUUACCUGUCUGCCAGCUGGUGGCGGUACCUUAACCUUCUUCGACCCGGCUACCUCGUGCGCCAUCCCAACUCUCCGUGCUCAUCCACCAUCUAACCACCCUUUGGCCCCAACUUACCGCCGUCCACGUCUUCAUCAACCCUUGCGCCUCUAGAAGCCGCCUACGAACCACCGGCACGACGACAGUGUCCCGCCAACACGGCUCUCGCCCAAGGCCGCCCCCGGCUCUCGACCCCGCCCCAUGUCGCGAUCCGCACUCCCAUCAUGAACUUGGUCCUCGUCUCUGGGCGAGGGUCUGCAGCUUGCUUCUGCACCUUGUGAGGGCAUCAAGUGUCCGCCGCAAUAUCCACGAAAACGCCCUAAUUCCGAGGUCGCAAACGAGUCGUCGAAAUGGCCACCCUCUUCCAGUCCUUCCGGAGCUCCAGCAUGCCCAAGAGGCUACUGCGAUAUGCUCUCGCCAAGCUUGACUUCCUCGACACCGACGCCCUUGAUACCGAGAACCUCGACUUGGCUAUUGGGAGAAAUACCGUGUUUGAAUUUAGAGAUGUUGGCAUUAGGCUCAAGAAGCUGGAGAAGACGCUCCAGCUGCCGGCCACAUUCGGACUGAAACGCGCCAAAGUCCUUCUAUUGCGAAUAACGGUCCCCGUCGACUUCUAUUCGAGCCCCAUUACAAUCCAGGUAGAUGGCAUCGACGUGACACUCGAGCUCAUCACCAAGUUGACCACUGCGCCCGCGGCGGCGACAUCGGAUCUUGCCGCCGAUCCAGUUCCCAACACUGUCGAUCUUGCACAGUCCUUCCUCGACACGCAACCAUCAUCCGAACGCAAGCAAUUAGAAGAUGCCCUGGCCGCGGAGACACUGGAUUUGGGCGCCUCGGUAUCCGUCAGCGAUGACGGCAGUGAGGACGAUGCCGGCUUCGGCACCGGCCAGGCGCUCUCGUUGCCCACGUUCCUUGCCGACUUUUUGCAUGGCGUCGUUGAUCGGACACAGGUCACGAUCAGGAAUGUUAAUUUCCAAGUGGACAUGGAUGUUCCUGCCGACGUCAACGCCAGCUCUGUUGAACCCGUUUCGUUCCAGAUUUCCAUUCAAGACAUUGAUGUCGAGGGUGUCACCACUUCCGCACCAGAGCUGGAUGGUAGUAUAAGCUCUCCGACUGCCUUUGUCCCAAAGGAGGGAAAGCGACACAUAUCGUUGGAUAGUGUCCGUGCCUUCCUCAUCUCUGAGGCGAAUGUCUUUCCCAGCAUGACCAGGUCACCAUCGAUGGCAUCGCCGUCGGCGGCCUCCUCACCUAUCCAGACUCGGAACCCUCCGUCUCGGCAGACCACAUCGCUCUCACAGGGAAGUUUUCAAGAGCAGCCUAUGGCGACCCUGCAGGAGAGCUUUCGCGAGCACUUUUCCGACCGUGAAGAAUCCCCAGAACCCGAGUUCCCUCUUGGGGACAGUGAGGAAGCUCUUGGCAUCCCGUAUGACUUGGACGGCAACCUGAAUGACGAACCAGAAGACGACAGCCCCCCAACACCACGCGCUUCCUUGUUUCAAGAAGCUACCCCUGGAACUGACGAUUCGGUCUUCCACUCAAUGUUCGAUGCUGGAACACAACCGAGAUCCUCGACCGUCUUGCCUUUCCACCAUGACGAAGACUUGUUGACCUUUGACGCCUCAACGCCGGCACUUGACCAAGAGCCAGAAGCGCAGCUUCAUACCGACAGUAGUCAAGUCGACAUGUUGACCGGUAUCCGACCUAGUGACGCCGACAGAGUCUCAGGGACAAAUACGACCGCAGACUUGACUGAGUCCCACUUGUACACGCAUGAUGAAGCAGAGAGCAUGUACCUGAGUGCUUUUUCCAAUGCGGAAGCUCAAGAACCUACGAGAUCGCGCACACCGACCUCCACACCUGGUCGGACACAGAUUGAUGUGGACGCCUCUUGGCCGACGCCGCAAAUGGCGCCCUCAACGAUGCCGGGUACCUGGAAUGACGACAGCGAGGGUUCACAACUAUCUGAGCCCGGUCUGAGGGCUUUGCCACAACGGCCGAAGACUCCGUCGGAAAGUGUGGUAAAUGAUUCUGAAAGUGAAGGCUCCUCUCCCGCUUUCAGCAGGCACUUCACCGCCCCCAUCGAGGCAGAUGCCGCGAUCAGCGGCGACACUCCAGAUGCCUAUCAGCAAGAAGAUGCUGCAACACCAAAGGGACCGACACGAGUCGCAAAGGAAAUCUUACACGUGAAGAGAAUUUCGUUCCAUGUCCCGUCGCAUCACCAGCACAUUCAGGUUCAAGCGAACUCACCAGAAUCUGUAGCACAGUUGUCACGCCCUUUGGGAAGCUCCGUUUUGCCUCAAGCACCGGGCGGAUUCUCGACCUAUGGUGCCACUCCUGCGUCACCCAACAGUCCACCUGCGCAGCCAAGUACGACGCAAAACCACAAUUCCGUGGACGUUACGCUUGGGCCGAUGAGCAUCAACUUCGAUGCGUCCGUUGCAUUCGUGUUGGCAAUGCUUGUAGACAAACUGCUUAAGGUGCUGAGGGAUGGACCCCCUGCCGCAUCGCCCAACGUCCAAAAAGGGGACUCAGCGCCCAAGACGGCACCAGCAAUCAAGGUGAAGGCUCAAGAGAUCUCGCUAAAUUUUGUCAAUCGACUUGGCGGGGUGGCAGAAACCUCUGAGCGUUACUUGGACCCAGCCGUCUUUCACUUAUUCGAGCAAGAGGUUCUCCUCAACAUGACACUUCAAAACCUGGCGGUAAAUAUGUCGCCUAGCUAUGCCAUGUCUACCGACACGAGCACGACAAGUGUCGACCCAAAAAAGGCCGCGAUUACGACGGAGGUUGAACUAGAGAAAUUUCGCUUCGGGUACACUAACGGAGAUAUCGUAUCCUUCGAUAGCGGGAGACCAAUGUCUACGUCGGUCAGAGAUACCUUUCGAUCGAGCGGUAAAGACAUCAGCAUCCGGAUCACAAAGUCAGCUGGUUCGACCAGAACGGACAUCGAAACCUUGCCACUGGUCAUUCAAAUCGACCUGCAAAGACUCGACGAGACGUUUGGCUGGUUUGGCGGCCUGAGCAGCUUCCUUAACAUGAGCGCUUCGAUGACCUCCAGUCCAUCACCGACGAUCAAGUCCACAGCUUUGCCCGCGCCACCAAAGCAACGGGGCGUCCAUUUUGAAACGCCUAUUGACCCUGAAGACAGGUCUGUCGCUGCACAAAACAAGGCCAACGUACGGAUCGGUGGUGCUUUGGUCGAGUUGGUUGGUCGGGAUUGUAGCCUGGCCGCAGAAACACAUGCCAUCAAAAUCGUCAGUCGUGACGAGGGCAUUGGUAUUGCCUGCAGUCGUAUACGCGUGUCGGGGCCGUAUCUACGGAACUCGCUCUCGGAUCCAGCCAUCACCGGUGACAUUUCUGGCUUGCGUCUGGAAUUUCUCAUGGCACCGAAAGACAAGGAUUUGGAGAAGUUGCUGGAACUCAUCAUUCCGUCAAAGGACAAGUUCGAUGAUAGCAGCGACGAGAUCAUGGUCGACACGCUUUUGCGGCAGCGCAGGAAGGGUUCGGUCCUCAGAGCGACGUUGGAAACAGUUAAUGUCCGCAUCAAGAACCUAGCCCAGCUCUCACCCGCCUUGCCUAAUCUCGGCGAGGAGAUAGCCAAGUUGUCAACGGUGGCCAAGUACCUCCCGGAAGAUGAUCGUCCGGGACUCCUUACCCUUGGGAGUCUCCACACCCUAACCUUUGGGGUGGACGUUGGAAGCCCACUUGGAUACAUUGGAAGUGAGAUGCGCGGCCUGGACAUUGGACACAUUACGUUCCCUUCCCUGUUUGCGGUUGCCCUUGAGGGGCUCUCGGUGCGCCGCAACCAGAGCGAAGACCUUAUCAGCUCGCCUGUUUUUGACUCACCCGAAGACCCGCUAAAGAAUCGCCCCGUCCUGAUGGCAAGGGUUAUUGGCGAUGAAAUUGAACCAACCUUCAAACUUAAGCUGCACGGCCUGAGGAUGGAAUACUGGGUCCCCACGAUGAUGGAUUUCCUGGGUCUUGGAAAAGAUGCUACGCCUCAAGACUUCGAGGCUAGCUUGGCGGCUUCCGUUGCUAGCCUGAACGAUCACGCCCAUGCUAAGCUUGUCCGACAACCAGUGUCACCACCGCCAGAACAGGUUAAACAAGUCAAAGCGCUGACUCUCGACAUUGGCAUGCGCGACUGCCUCCUGGGUUUGAACCCCUUGAACCUGACGUCAAAGAUGGCUGUCGUGUUUACCGACGCUCACCUGCGGACCACGCUACCGAGAGAUGGAAAGACGACAGCGACGAUGUCAAUCAAUAAGGCAUCAGUGCUACUCACCGACGAUGUCUCCAAUGGCGCAGAUCGUAGCGCCACCGCCAAUUCAAAGCGUCGAAUGUCCUCGGCCGUGUCUCCUCGGGUUGCUGAACUCUCUGCGCGGGGGUUUGUCGACAUUUGUUAUAUUUCUUCUGCAAGUAUCGUGGCUGUUGUCAAACCGAAGUCGGAUGAUGAUGACGACAAGCAGAUUGAGGUGGUUCUGAGGGACGACUUGUUGGUUCUCGAGACAUGCGCAGACUCUACCCAGACCCUCAUCACGCUAGCCAACGCAUUGAAGCCGCCGACGCCCCCGAGCAGGGAGAACAAGUUUAGAACCAAAGUUGUCCCGGUUCAAGAUCUGCUGGCAUCCAUAUCGGCCGAAGCGUUUGGUCGCCCAGAAGGCGAGUAUGACUUUGAUCAGGAUUUUGCAGGCGCGCAAGAGAUGGCAGGCAGCGUGUCUGAUCUGGACUAUGGGACGGAAGAUUCCCUCGGCAUUGACUCGCAGUUCUACGGAGAGGAAGCUGAAGGCGAGGAAUUGUUCGAUGCGACCAAGACUCCGAGCAUGUUACACGAUACAAGCAUGGAGGAGACGGCAGAAGGCGUUCUGCUCACGGGGUUUGAGCCCUCCCAAGGCGCUACAUCGGAGCAGGACAGUGACGACUUGGUCAUCCACGACGACUUCUACCGCCGCGACGAGUCCAUUCAGGAUCAUACGGCGAAGGUCUGGAACUCCACCAGAAACACAUACGACCGUGCGCCCACGAGCCUUGUGCAGAAUAGCCCUCUUAAGGUUUCUGUCCGAGAUGUGCAUGUCAUUUGGAACCUGUUUGACGGGUAUGACUGGGCGCAUACUCGUGACAUUAUUAGCAAGGCGGUGGAAGAUGUCGAGACCAAGGCGAUUGAGCGCCAGGCGCGACUGGCAGGUCCACAGGUGUACGAAGAGGAAAUCGAAGAUGAGGAGGCCAUUGGCGACUUCUUAUUCAAUUCGAUCUACAUCGGGAUACCGGCGAAUCGCGAUCCGCGCGACUUGACGCGUGCGAUCAACGAGGGGCUCAAUGAUAAUGCAACAGAAACAGAGUCGGUGGCCACGACAGCAUUCACGACCACUACGGGCAGAACUGCCAAACGACAUCAACCGAGAUCAAAGCGCCUCAAGCUACACCGCAGCAAGCACCACAAAAUCACAUUUGAGCUGCAGGGUGUGAACGUGGACAUGGUCAUGUUCCCUCCUAACACUGAAGAUGAGACCCUGAGCAGCAUAGAUGUCAGAGUCCAGGCUCUCGACAUCUUUGACCACGUGCCGACAUCAACAUGGAAAAAGUUUGCCACGUAUGAUCAGGAUCAGGGGGAACGAGAGAUGGGCACGAGCAUGGUGCACCUGGAACUGCUCAACGUCAAACCCCUACCCGAGCUGGCUGCUUCGGAGAUUGUGCUGCGCGCAACCGUUCUGCCUCUUAGGUUGCACGUGGACCAGGACGCGCUCGACUUCAUCACUCGUUUCUUCGAGUUCAAAGACGAAAAUGUGCCCGUCCACUCGUCCCCUAGCGACGUCCCUUUCCUGCAGCGGGCAGAGGUCAACGACAUCCCUGUCAAGCUUGACUUUAAACCGAAGCGGGUAGACUAUGCAGGCCUGCGGUCCGGCCACACAACCGAGUUCAUGAACUUCAUUGUCCUCGAGGAGUCGCGCAUGGUGUUGCGCCAUGUCAUCAUCUACGGCGUGUCGGGCUUUGAUCGCUUGGGAAAGACGUUGAACGACAUCUGGAUGCCUGACGUCCGAAAGAACCAGCUGCCGGGAGUUGUGGCUGGCCUUGCCCCCGUCCGCUCAUUGGUCAACAUUGGCAGCGGCUUCAGAGACCUCGUGGAGAUACCUCUGCGGGAGUAUCAAAAGGACGGUCGUGUGAUUCGCAGCAUCUCCAAGGGAGCCGCUGCCUUUGCGCGGACAACAGGCACGGAAUUGGUGAAGCUGGGUGCCAAGAUUGCUGUGGGCACACAAUACGCGCUGCAGGGGGCGGAAGACAUGCUCACGGAGAAGCGACAGCCGGAAGCCGUCGAGAGCGGCUGGGACGACGAGGACCUGGAUCCCGAGGACAAGAAGCAAAUCUCGCUGUACGCGGACCAGCCGACAGGGGUGCUUCAGGGCAUCCGAGGCGGCUACCGGUCUCUCACCAGAGAUGUGAAUUUGGCCAGGGAUGCCAUCAUCGCCGUGCCGGGCGAAGUCAUGGAGAGCCAGUCCGCCAGCGGCGUUGCGAGGGCGGUGUGGAAGCGAGCGCCGACCAUCAUUUUCCGGCCAGCCGUUGGUGUGACCAAGGCGAUCGGGCAGACCCUCAUGGGCGCAACCAACACCAUUGAUCCUCAGAACAAACGACGCAUUGGCGAGAAAUACAAGCAUUGAUAGCAUACGGCGGCAGGAACCUGUUCUAACGAAUUGUCGACCAAAAUGGUCCUGGCCACGUUCUGUGUCCUUUUUACAUCACUGCUCUCAGAAUAGAUCAUGGAAGCGCAUUUAGGAUAGGGGUCAUGAUUUGUUGGUACAUUCGUCUUAGAUUUUGGCGACGAAUUCUAGGACGGUGGGGUAGUGCAACGUGUGUGUGAUGUGGAAGUAGGCAGGGACUGGGGUGAGGCAGCAAGCAGUAGGCCGAGAAUGAACCGAUGGAGUACAGCAUACGAAGUGCAUCAGCACAGCAUGGCGCUCGCGGCGCAUGACAUAGACAAUCUACAUGGUCUGACAUGCAAGGAUCUUCGUGGCGCCACGGAUGCAUGAGCGGCAAGAGUCUAGAAGCCGUCGUCGGGUAUGCCCUGCUGGCGCUCGAGAGCCCUUCUCUGGUUGUUGGCGUCGAUCCACCACUUGUGCGUUUCGUCGGUGCCCGUCCACUGGCCGUUUUCGUCGACCUCGUCCCACGGCUUGGGGCUCAGGAUAUAGUGCACGUUCUUGACCUGGUCGUCGCGCCAGAUGGCGUCGUGGACGCCGGGCCACCGCAACGUCUUGAGCGCGUUGUACGUGUACGGCAGGGCGACCCAGCGGCCCCGAUACAGGUCCGACAGCAGCGACUGGUCGGCAAAGUCCAUGUUGACGGCGUCGGCCUCCAUGUGGUCGAGGAUCUGGCGGUACAGGACGGCGGAGGGGUUCACGACCUGGAGGCCGCCGUUCAUGAAGCCGAGGGGGCCGACGGCCGGGUCGGCGGCGACGGUCUGGGCGCGGUCCGGGUCGUCGUGCUGCGACGUGAAGGCGCAGUUCUGGGGCACC